UGCAGACAAAAUGUGUGACCAAAUAAGUGAUGCCAUUCUCGACGCCUACCUCUCUAUGGAUGCGGACGCGAAAGUGGCCGCAGAGACGGCCACUAAAGGCGAUCUCAUCAUUGUUUUCGGCGAAAUCACGUCCAGAGCGACGGUUGAUAUCGAGUCUGUGGUGAGAGAAACGGUCAAAAGGAUCGGUUACGACGACCCGUCCAAAGGAUUUGAUUACAAGACAUGUCGAGUGCAGAUAGCGAUCGACCGACAGAGCAGUGAAAUCGCUUCCGGCGUUCACCAGAACAAGACGGAGGAGGAGAUCGGCGCCGGAGAUCAGGGGUUGAUGUUUGGUUACGCCACGGAUGAGACACAGGAAUGCAUGCCAUUGACAGUAGUGUUGGCUCACAAACUGAACGCCAAAUUGUCUGAAUUGCGCAAAAACGGGACCUUUUGGUGGGCGCGACCCGACUCGAAGACUCAGGUGACCGCCGAAUACUACUUCCGCAGAGGAGCGGCCAUUCCUGUCCGCAUUCAUACGUAUUACGUUUGA